UCUUCCACUUGUUUGCCACUGCCACAGUUUUAACAAAAACCUCUUUUUCUGUGUUGGAAUUUAUUCAGAGAUUCAUAAAAGAGAAGCUUUCUUUGAGGAAUAGCUGAAAAGUUCAUUCUUUGAUUCAAAGUUCAGAUUUUUAAUCAUUUUUGUGGAGGUAUGUCGACGGUAAACAUUCCAUCGGGUUCUUUGCUCAAAGUUGCACCGUCAAUUAGAUCAUCUGCCUUUACCAAGUCCCAAGUCUCUUUAGGUUCCGUAAAGAGUAUUUCUAAAGCGUUUGGCUUGAAGUCGUCAUCCUCCUUCAAAGUCUCCGCAAUGGCAACAUACAAGGUGAAGCUGAUUAGCCCUGACGGUAAAGAGAAUGAAAUUGAAGUCGCGGAUGAUGAAUACAUCCUCGAUAAAGCAGAGGAAGCUGGAGUGGAGCUGCCUUACUCAUGCAGGGCUGGGUCUUGCUGUACCUGUGCUGGCCAGUUGGUUUCUGGAACAGUUGACCAAUCUGAAGGAGCAUUUCUCGACGAUGAUCAAAUGGAGAAGGGUUAUUUGCUGACUUGUAUUUCAUACCCGAGAUCCGACUGUGUUAUUCACACACACAAGGAAGAAGACGUUGUUUAAUAAUGUUCGAGUUCAUUUCUCUUCGAGGGACCUUGAUGAUUGAAGGCAAUACAAAUCUUGUGCCGUGGACGCAGAAAAGAAAUAAAUUAAGAUGGUGAUAUUGUGUCUUGUUUAUGGCAUAAAAACUCUUGUUGCAAUUUGUUCAAGUAUUUGGAUCUCUUAAACUAAUGUCCAUUUGAAAACUAUUGAAUUUGGGGGUGAUCUUUUCUGUAUUAGAAGUUUGGCUCAUCUA